GCACUACGCGCGCACGCAAGAAGCGGCUGCUGUCCCAAAUGCCGCCUCGCAAGCGCGCCGCCGCCACCGCAAAGUCGCCGUCCAAGCCAGCAUCCAAGGCGCAGAAGAAGUCCAGGAAGGGAGCAGAGGCGGCUGAGCCGGACGUCGCCGUCGUCUCGACGGGGCGCGGGCCGCGCACGGCGGCUGAGGUGUGGGGAAACGCCGAGUACGUGGAGGACGGGGUGAUGGGCGCGGCCGGCUUCGCAAAGCUGUGCGAGGCACUCGAGCUGAAGGAGAUGUCCUUCGAGGCUUGCUUUCUCAACCACCUCCUCUCGCCGACCGUCGACAACAUCAUGGUCGUGUGCAAAACAAAGGCUGAGCUGCAGCGCUGCAUGGAGGGCCUCGGCUGCAGCACGCUGCAAGAGGUUCCGGCCAAGCUGCGCGCGCGGCGGCAGGUGAUUGAGAACUCCUUUGGCACGGCCGACUGGAACCGCUUUUGGAAGUGGCUCUUUGAGAUGGGCAAGGCGAUCCAGGCGCUCAAGGUGAGCGCGCCGUCAAGCUCGGUGCGAACGGUGCCGCUCGACGAGGGCCUCCAGCUGAUGGAUGCGUCGCUCGGCGCGUGGUGGCUGUUCCCAAAGCUGCGCCAGUUCUCGGCGUCGGUCCACGGCCAGGCCUUCACCAAGGAUUUGUGGCUGCAGAUUGGCCGUUUCGCAAAUCUCACCGCCGUCGGCGUCGUGCUGCGGGACCUGAGCAACUAUGACGACGACGCGGCGGGCGGAGGCAACGCGUGGCCGUGCUUCAUCGAUGAGCUGGUCGAGUGGGUGCAAGGCGGCGGCGGCGAGUGAGGCCAGGAACUGAGAGGCCGCGCUCGCUCUCCGCUGAGACGUGAGAGAGAGCGCGGCGAGAGCGGGGUCGCCCACCGCCCCCCCCCGCGCCACGCCAUCCGCGGUCUUUGUGCAGGGUCCGUUUGUGUGUGUCGGGGGGGUCGGGGUGCGUGUGUGUGACUCUGUGUGUGACUCGGUGACGAGCGGUCUACCACGGAGCGCUCCACGCGUGUGAAGCUCGGUCUGACAAUUAUAUUAUUAUAGAGACGCAAAA